AUGAGCAGCACCGUUGGGGCUGUGCGUCUUCUGCGUGUUCACGUCGAACCGAUCGAGGUCGAGGUGGACGAGGAUGGGGCCAUCGCUUGGACAUCACUGCAAACGGCUUUCCCAGGCUGUUCCGGUCUCUACUACAAGGGUGCUGAAUGCAAGGGAGCUGUGAAGUUCGACGGGAAAAAGUUUCUCUCGCCUGGUGGAGCGUGGAAUGAUCGGAACUACUACGUUUCACUCGGCUCCCGUUGCCAUGCGCCUUUUGGAUCGUACGAAAACGCGAGUAAACAAUUCGAGCGAUCCGUGACCGCUGUACAGAGAAUGCUUGGCUCAUCACUUUUUGAAAUGCCAGCGCGUCGCUCGGUUCGUUCGUCAAAAUCGAGUCGAGUUGUUGCAAGCGAUGAGUUAACAGCUGCCCCAGCUGGAGAAAAUGAUUCGAAUACGCCUGUCCCCACAGCACCAAUCCCCCGCGCCGAUUCACUGCCGGGAGAAGUAGAGCCGUUCAUCGAAAGAAUUGAACAUCAUCGACAUGUGAAAUCCGAGAGAAAAGACGGGGAUAUAAUUGCGGGGAUUCAAGAACGCGAGAAACUACUGAAGUCUGCACCGGAAAAACUCUCACCAAUCGAGCAACAAUUCAUCGAUUUGGCGCGGAUUUCAACGGGAAAAGACGCGAUCAUUGACGGGCAAAGAGAGGAAUUAAAGAAGGAAAAGGAACUCGUCGAAAAUGUCAAUAAAAAAUUCACAUCAAUGGAAACUGAGUUGAGUGCGUGCAAGGAACGCCUCGGAGCACAGGAAGAGGAAUUGUCUCUGCUGAGGGGGAUGAGUGCCGGACAAAUGAACACCAAUGAAAAGGUACAAUCCCUGUCCAUGCAACUUCUCGCGAAAGACGACGAAUUGUCGAAUUGUCGGGGUGAACACGCGAGACGAGUCGCCGAAUUGAGUCAAGAGAAUCUGCAAGUCAAAGAGAGAGUCGCCGAAUUGAGUCAAGAGAAUCGGCAAGUCAAAGAGAGAAAUGAGAUCCUAACUAGCGAGCUCGACAAAGCGCGGAAUUCGGCUGAUCUUUAUCGGAUUGAGGCCCAAAAACUCGACUCUGAUCAGCAAUUGCUCGAGGCCGAGCUGGGCGUAUUGCGGGAAAUUCGCGAUGAGCUGCGAAUUGAGUCCCCAGAAAUGGCGACAAAAUGGCGACAACGAAUGGAGAGUCUCGCGAAGAGUGCCGAUGAUCACGAGAAGCUGAAAACGGCAUAUGAGCGGAUCGAAACCCAACAUCACGAGAUCCAAGAGCUAUCCUCAAAACUGACAGACGAGAACAGUCGACUGAUGACAAGAAAUCGGGAAUUGACGGAAAGAGUCGAGAAAUUCGAGCAAGAAUUCGAUGUGAUCAAUCAGAAAUGGAAAGAGACAACCAAAGAGAAGGAACAGAUUUGGGAGGAAAUGAAAAUCACCCUCGAGAAAGAUCUCGAAGCGAAACGCCGAGAGCUCGAAGAAGUCCAAGCCACUCUUUCAACUGUUGCCAGCGACGCUGCAACGAACGCUCAGAGGAUUUCCGAGUUGGAGCACUCCCGCGAUGAGCUUCGUCGUCUCCUCGACGCGAACGAGUACAAGUUUCAGGAGCCAUUGAAAAGACAAAUUCGCACGUUGUCUGAUGAGUUGAGUGAGAGUCAAGAGCGAUGCAAACAAUUGAACAGCCUCGUGACGAAUCUAACAUCGGAUGCGAGGAAUAGUCAACAAGAUGUCACCGAUUUCUACUAUGGAGCAAGUCGAAUU